UACUGGGGGGAGCCGCUUCCGCCCUCUGUCUGUCACGUGACGCGAAGUCCGUGACCGGCAGCCUUUACGGCAGCCCGAUGGGGACAACCCGCCCGGUGGUGGCGUCUCACCUGAAGGGUGGCUGAGGGCGCGCUGCGCCACUGAACGCCUCCCGCCUGCCGGAGGCAGCGCCGGAGCACGGCAGCAGCGGCCCGGCCGGGGCAGCAGGCGAGCCGGGCAGGGCCGAGCGUCUUACGCCGCGUCUAGGAUGAGCGGGGCUGCGUUCCCGUCGCCAGCUGCUGAGAUGGCAGAAAUCAAUCGCCUUCAGUAUGAGAUGGAGUACACUGAAGGAAUCAGUCAACGCAUGAGGGUCCCGGAGAAACUCAAAGUGGCUCCUCAGAAUGCUGACCUUGAGAAGAGCGUCCCAGAAGGAUUUCCAAAUGCCAGUGUAACUAUGCAGGUUCCAGAGCGGAUUGUAGUGGCAGGUAAUAGUGAAGACAUUCCACUUUCCAGACCUCCAGACCUCGACCUUCUUCAGUCUACUCCGUUCAAACCACUGGCACUGAAAACUCCUCCCCGUGUUAUUUCUCUUAGUGAUCGACCACUAGAUUUUUUGGACCUAGAAAAACCUCCACAACAGACACCUCAAAAUGAAGAGGUUCGUUCAUUGGGAAGACUGAAGAGAGAACGUUCCAUGAGUGAAAAUGCCACUCGACAGAAUGGCCAGCUGGCCCGAAAUGAUUCCAUGUGGCACAGAUCAGAUACUGUCCCAAGAAAUAAAAUGCCACGGUUCCAGUCACCUCUUUCGACUAAGGAUUGCACCAAUGAAACAUGCAACAUGAAAAGUGUGACACCAUCACUGCAACAGGCUCGUGUCUGUCCUCCCAAUAUGUUACCUGAAGAUGGAGCUAAUCUUUACUCUGCUCGUGGCAUUUUGUCGUUUAUCCAGUCUUCCACACGUAGGGCUUACCAGCAGGUCUUGGAUGUGCUGGAUGAAAAUCGCAGGCCAGUGUUACGUGGUGGGUCAGCUGCUACCACUUCCUCUAACCCUCAUCAUGACAACACCAGGUACGGUCUUUCCAACGUGGAUACCACGCUUGAGGGAACACCAGACGACAUGACCGUUGUAGAUGCAGCUUCCUUAAGAAGACAGAUAAUCAAACUUAAUCGGCGUCUCCAGCUUCUGGAAGAAGAAAACAAAGAGCGUGCUAAAAGGGAAAUGAUCAUGUAUUCAAUUACUGUAGCUUUCUGGCUACUCAAUAGCUGGCUUUGGUUUCGGCACUAGACACAGCUCUGAAAGAUUUAGUAGAUCAAAAUACCAACAAAAUUUGCAAAACUCUUUGUUGCUGUUUCUGAAUUGUAUGCUGUUUUAUAAUUCAUACACUGGAAACUUCCACCACAGAAAAAGGCUAUAGAAUUGCAGUGCUAAAGGGACACCUUGUUGUUCAGUUAUACUGUAUUUAAUAGAUUUGCAUUGUGAAUACUUGCAGUAUCCUCCUUUGCAUGCUUCAAUGUCAAUAUGGAUCAGCUGAUUUUGAAAUGAAGCUUGCUUUGUGCAACGUAAGGAGAGUGACCGAUAGGAAUAAUCACUGGAUGUUUUGUUGUGGUUGGGAGAAAACAAAUCAAAUAGGGUUGGGGAAAAAUAUCGAAACAAAGGAAUAAAAACUGUGUUUUACUGCUCUAUUGUUAGGUGCAAUUGAACAUCGUUGCACUAGUUCUCCUUCAGUGUAACUAGUUUCAGAGGUGUGCCAUAUUCAAGGAGUGUGUCCUGUUUCAUGAGUAUGUUCCUAGUUUAAGGCUGUGUUCAGGUCAGAUAAUAAAAGGUCUUUGCUAACAUGCAGACUGUCCAGAGGUGUGUAAUAUGUUUGUUUCUUUUUAUUUUAGCUUUAAUUUUGCAGACGUUUUUUCUAUGAAAUACAUUUUUAAACAAGUCAAUCUGUGAGUGAUCAAAAGAUGGAGUACAAGAGACCACUGUAGUGUAUUUAAUAAAACAAAGAAAUGAUUAAAAGAAACAUUGUUUAAUAUUA